GACGAGCCCCUCUCCCCUCUGCACCAAUCGCCUACUCUCUCCCCCUCCUCGUCCAGCUCGUGGAAACCACCCCUACCGCCCUCGGAGGAUGUCGAACUUCGGCUCGAGGCGUCCGAGGCGUAUUUGCUGGGCGAAGGGAGAUAUGCCCGGGUCUACCUGGCGUCAUAUCGGGGGAAAGGAAAGGGCAAAGAGGGGGUCCCGGAGUGUUGGACGUUGUGCGCGGCGAAGCGGAUGAAUGUGGAUCGGGAGUCGCAGACGAUGGGGUUGAGGGAAGCCUUCUUCCUCAAUCGCCUACAGUCGCCUACGCGCGGGGUGUACAUCGUCAAGCUGUUGGCGGUGAGGGAGCAGACGGAACGGCGGAGCGUACAUGGCCGAUCUGCGUCGGAUCUCAAGACGGUACUGAACCGGCCUCGGAGCUCGACGGAACAUCUAUCCUCCUUCCCAUCCCUGCCAUCACUGCAUGCGGCACGAGAUACGGUAUCUCGAUCGACGCUCCUACUCGAACACGCCGAACACGGAACACUGGACAUGUUUCUGCGGACGAGUCCAGACCUCGUCGGCGACGAGACGUGGAUACGGUGGGCUCGUCAGUGCAGUGCGGCGGUCGCGUGGACGCAUGAGAAGGGGAUAUUACAUGCGGAUAUCAAACCGGCCAACCUCUUGUUGACUGCAACGUUCGAUCUGCGUCUGUCUGAUUUCGGCUCCUCCCUCCUCAUCCAUUCUUCCCAUCUCCCCACAGACGGCGUCGGUCUCGGUACCCUCCCCUUCUCCGCACCCGAGCUCGUCGACCCUACCCAGACAUUCUCCUUUCCGGUCGACAUCUUUGCCCUCGGCGCCACGCUCUACCAGUGCAUUACCGGCAAGGAGCCAUACCGCGGUCUACGUGCCAUGGAGAUGAUGCACCACGUACGGCGAGGCGGAUUAUGGGAGUAUGAGGAUGGCCAAAGGUACAAUUUCGAGGUGGAUUCGAGGGAGAGUCCGUACCCGUCAGCGUGGCGGGACGAUCCAGGCGUCAAGAGGGGCGGAUCUUUGCGGUUAGCGCCUAGC